AUGGUGAUAAAUAGGUUACAUAUUAGAAAGAAGCCUGGGGCACAACAUCCUGACCUUGUGGCUUCCAAGAUCUUGGGGCUGACAGUUCAAGAGGCACAGGAGCAGAACAGCUCUCCUCUUCCAUCUCUGCCUCAGGAAGAAGAUACUUCUGGGUCACAGCCAAAGGGGCUUCAGAAGACAGACCUCUAUCAUCUUCAGAAGUCCUUAUUGGAAAUGAAGGAAUUAAGAAGAACAAGUAAGAAGCAGACCAGGUUUGAAGUACUCAGAGAAAAAGUUGUCAACUUCAUUGAAAGUCUGGUGAGAGAAUACCUUCUGCCACCAGAGACACAGCCCCUGCACGAGGUGGUUUACUUCAGCGCUGCCCACACCCUGCGGGAGCAUCUGAACGCAGCACCAAGAAUCACCCUCCACACUGCCCUCAACAACCCUUAUUAUUAUCUCAAGAAUGAAGCACUGAAGAGUGAAGAAGGCUGCAUUCCAAAUGUCGCCCCAGACAUCUGCAUAGCAUAUAAACUGCACCUAGAGUGUAGCAGGCUAAUCAACCUUGUGGACUGGUCAGAGGCCUUUGCAACAGUUGUGACAGCUGCUGAAAAAAUGGAUGCAAGUUCUGUAACCUCAGAAGAAAGGAAUGAAAUUAUCCAUGCUCGGUUUAUUAGAGCUGUUUCUGAACUAGAACUUUUAGGAUUUAUAAAACCUACCAAACAGAAGACUGACCAUGUGGCGCGGCUAACAUGGGGAGGCUGCUAGAAAGCCAGUGAAUGAAGCCAGAAAUACCACAUUAAGCUUAAGAGAGAAAAGGAGACCAGUCAUAUUUACAUACCACCAGAAGACUGCUGGGCAAGAAGCGUGUAAUCCUUGUGUACCGUCUGAUCAGAAAGUGGACUGUUAACCCCAAACAGGAAUAUAUCAAAACACCUUUGGAGUACUUCAGAACCCAGCAAAUGACAUGCUUACAUUGUAACUAAAACCUCUCCCACAUUAUCACUGUAAUCUUCAUAGUCAUUACUAAAUUAUAAAUUGUUCUUGAGCAUACAUAGUUUACAUAGUUUACAA